AUGAAGGCCGCUUGGCUUAGCCUCCCAUGGUUCCACGCGCUUGUUGUGGAAGCCGUACAAGACUGCAAGGUAACGCCAAAGUCUCCAAGAUGGCCAUCACCGUCAGAUUGGGAACAGCUUAACCGAACAAUCUCGGGGAAACUUCUUAAUCCCCUGCCGCCGGCUUCUGUUUGCCAUCGCAAUGAGCCCAACUUUAACCCUUCUCAGUGUGUCGUGGUCUCUACACAGUGGAAUAGCUCCGUCUUUCACGCCGACGAUCCAUUGAGCGUUGACUGGCCUAAUUUCAACAAUGACUCUUGCCUACCAGAUCCGGACGCACCAUGCAAUAAAGACGGCUUCCCUAUAUUUGUUGUAAAUGCCACAAGUGCAAGCGACGUGCAAAGCGCGGUGAACUUUUCCAGGCAGCGGAAUGUGAGACUGGUAAUAAAGGCUACGGGACACGAUGUUCUUGGGAGGUCAACCGGCUCUAGUUCAUUGUCAAUCUGGACACAUUAUAUGCGAGGCAUUACCUUUAAUAAAAAUUUUCAGCCUCAAGGAUGCAGCUCCCCACUAGGCCUGUCAAGCGCGACAAUAGCAGCCGGUAUGCAGAUGGGCGAGAUCUACGCGGCAGCUGCCCAGCAAAACUUGACCGUUGUAGGAGGCGAUGUUCCAACCGUUGGAGUUAUUGGACUUUUAACUGGCGGUGGUUAUGGACCUUUGAGCUCUACCUAUGGACUUGCUGCAGACGCUGCUCUUGAGUUCGACAUUGUCACAGCAGACGGAAAGUUGUUGACUGUCAAUGAAUGCCAACACACGGAUCUCUUCUUUGCAUUGCGAGGUGGCAGUGCAGGGACAUUUGGAGUGGUUACUUCUGUCACAGUCCGGACCUUCCCGAAUUUGAGUAUUACGACGCACGUCUUAACCAUCAAUGCAACGGCAGACUCAGAGGCCUUCUGGGAUACAACCGCCCUAAUUCAUUCAGACCUUCCUCGGCUAGCUGACGGAGGAUUAUCUGGUCAAUAUUUCAUUUUGCCAAACAGUAGCUCCGCUGCAGGGGCCAGGGUUCUUGGAUCUCAAGCGGCCAGUCUCCAACUCGGUCCGGGCAGAGGUAUUAUCUCCUGGGCCCUUAACAUUAUGAAUCAACCUGCAGCUGCAGCAAACGGGCUGGUCGAGCCACUGCUCCAACAGUUGAAAAAUUCCACAUGGAGCUCCCAGAUUUCCAUUGAGACGGAGACUCAAGAGUUCCAAGAUUUCAGCAGUUACGCGGACGUCUUCGAUGGCCUGCAAGUAGUUGGUGUGGAUGGCUUAAUUGGAGGGAGAUUUCUCGACAAAAAGGCCCUUAGCAGGAACAAGGUGGACAUCAAAGAAGCACUUAAGGCUACCAUUACUCCAGCUGGAGGUAUAAUCCUUGGUGAGAUGCUCAUGGGAAAGGGUGUUUGGGACGCACAACCUAGGGGUGGCGACAACGCUGUAAGCAAAGCGUGGAGAAGCGCAAUAACAAAUACCUUGAUCCCUGUUGGUUGGGCCCCUCUAGAUGCCAGACAGAAGGAGCUGGUUACGUCUGAGCUUACUAACAAGAAUAUGGCUGCAUUACGCCGACUAGCACCACAUACAGGUGUCUAUUUAAAUGAGUGCGAUCCUAUGGAACCAAACUUCCAAAAUAGCUUCUGGGGUGACAAGUAUGGAAAACUUUUGCAAAUUAAGCAAACUUAUGAUCCGCAAGGUGUGUUCUUUUGCCAUCCCUGUGUUGGGUCGGAAUUCUGGAUAAUGAGACCCGAUGGGCAACUCUGCAAGAUUUGA